AUGAUAGGCUUGUGCUUACAUCGUCACGAGACCAACAAUUAUAUUCCGUUACAAAAGCAUUGGACUGCUGUGGAUGAGGAAAGGCUUGCGAGGCUACAAGUCUGGGGACUACCACCGUUUGCCCUUUUAGUUCUACUGGGCGUGCCGCUCGAAGGGAGUCGACACGUGGAUUUCAGAGCGAUUCACCAAUGGAACGAGGAUGAAAAGAGGAGAUUGGGAAUGAUACAUGAGCUGGGGGGUGUGCAAGACUUUGGAAGUGAGCAGCAAUGGGGCCCAUCCCAAGCAGGGGCAUUCAACCGUCUUGCAAGCGGGAUCGACGUUCAUCAUCAGAGUGCUGUGAAUACAUCCCAAGCAGAGGCAAUCCACAGUGUUGGAAGUAAUAACGGGGCUCUGCAUAGGGGUACUGAGGCUCCGUAUAGAUUACAGGAGAACGUAUCGGCGUCCUUGGGGAUGACAAACGUAUCGGGAGGAAUUGAAGAAGAAGACUUUGGGCCUGCGUAUCAGGGUAGUCCUCCCCAGGAGGAGAGAUCCCAGCGGGCUGGUAACGGCAGCAAGAGACCACGCGAUACAGAGGAGAUACAUGGGUUAGGAGGCUUCGACAACUUUGGCACCAAGGAGAUGAAGAAGCUAGCAAAGGAGUCGAAGAAGCUAUCAAAGAAGAUGAAGAAGCUGCAAAGGGAUGCAAUUCAGAUACUUGGAAUCCUUGAAGACAGUGAUUUAGACUCUGAGGCGUCGGUGACAUAA